GGAAUCACGUGGUUUCCGCCACACUGAUGUAGUGUCUGUUGUUGUUGAUGGAAGUGUUCUGGACUCUGGGAAUAAAGUGAAGGCGACACUUGCAAGUGCCAGCAAUCAUGAAGCAGUUGCCUCCAGACACGGUGCGGCUGCUUUCGAGCUCACAGGUCAUCACGUCAGUGGUAAACGUUUUGAAAGAAUUGUUGGAAAACUCUCUGGAUGCCGGGGCUUCCAGCAUUGACGUUAAACUGGAUAAUUAUGGUUUGGACCGCAUAGAGGUACGCGACAAUGGCCUCGGAAUCAAAGCUGCUGAUACUCCUGUGAUGGCCGUGAGACAUUUUACGUCAAAGAUCUGCAGCCAUGACGACCUGGAGCGUCUGCAAACCUACGGCUUCAGAGGAGAAGCACUGGGCUCCGUUUGUGCUGUGGCCGAGGUGUCUGUCACAACAAAGACGGCGGAGGAUGACAUCAGCAUCCAGUACGUGCUUAACUUCACGGGGCAGAUUGUUUCUCAGAAGCCGUCUCACUUAGGUCAAGGCACAACAGUGAGCGUACUGAAGCUUUUUAAGAAUCUCCCAGUGAGACGACAAUACUACUCCACCAACAAGAAGUGCAAGGAGGAGCUGAAGAAAGUGCAGGACCUGCUUGUGGCAUAUGCCAUCAUCAAACCUGAACUCAGACUCACACUCGUCCACAAUAAGGUGGUGGUUUGGCAGAAGGCCAAGGUGGCUGAUCUCCGAAGUGCCCUCCAUGCGACACUGGGGCCCAGCGCUGUUGCCAACCUGCUCCCAUGCCACUAUCACCAAGAGCAACCAGAGAUCUUUUUAGAUGGCUAUUUUCCAAAGCCUGAAGCCGAUGUCUCCUCUACAAGUUCAUCUCACCCCGACAAAACCUUCAUAUUUGUCAACAACCGGCCCGUCCACCAUAAAGAUAUAAUGAAGCUGCUGCGUCAGCACUACACUGCUCAGUAUUCUGAGGACCAAGCCCAAAAUCGCUAUCCAACCCUUGUGCUUAAAGUUACCGUUCCGCCCUCUUCAAUCGACGUCAACCUGACGCCGGACAAGACCCAGGUGCUACUUCAGAACAAGGAGGCUGUGCUGACAGCAGUGGAGGCGCUGCUGGUUUCUCUCUAUGGCUAUCAGUGUGACAGUGACCCCCCAGCCGAGAAGCAGCUCAACCACGAGAUAUGUCCCUCGCCAUCCAGUCCUUUGCAGACAAACCACGUUGUCCCUGAGCCAAGUGCAAAGACGAAUGACAGUGUUAUCACUAAAUGCAGGAACGCAGCUGAUGCUUCACUGCACCAGCAGGCCUCCAACAGCAGCUCUUCCUCCUCUGUAGCAGAAGACUGGAUCGUCAACCAAAUACCUGUAUCUGACUUUUCUCUUUAUGACAAUGAAAUGGCUCAGAUCUGCACUCAGACGACAGAAACAGGCCCAGCAAGCAAAUCCCAGGGCACAGCUGAGCAGAACGCAAUGUCAGCGACGGACACAAGCAAGGAGACGUUAUUAGCUGAGGACUGGAGCCGCGGGACGGCCGUGACCGACCCGGUGUCGCGAGAACCUCUGCAGCCUGUGAGAAUCCUUCAGCCCUCAAAGCACAGUCUGUCUGACGGUGAUGAGUUCAAGAGUCAAAGCAGCGUAAACAAAAAGACGUUCAACGCCAUAACGGAGAAGCGGGACACGCUGAUGGCCUACGAUCUGAUCAGCAACCGCGCAGUGAGGGCACCGCCGUCACCUGCCACCCUGUCCAAGAAAGAGACCGGAGCUGAGGUCCGUGGGGAGGGAGCCACAGCCGGUCUGCAGGACAUCAGUGUCGCUGUUCGACAGAGCUGGAAAAAUCUGAGGGAGGAAGAGCAGAAGAAGUCCGAGGAUCAGGAACAAAGAAACAAAAUGGCCUCUGCUGAUGUUCCCAGAGAGCUCAACGUGAGCGCCUCAAAGAGCCAUGUGCGCAGCCACAAACGCAAAGCACCGCCGUCCAACCAGCAGCUGCUGGACGAGCUCUUCUCGGCACAGCCCCAGAAGAAAAUGAAGAACGCCGAACCUAAGCCCUCGCAGCCGCUCUCCUGCAGCAUGGCGGCCCUGCGCCUGCAGCUCCAGCGCCUCUCGUCCCAGAGUAGCGCAGCGCCACGGGGCCUCCACCUUGUAAAUCGACUGGCCUCUCAGAACACCUGGGUCAUUUUAUGUGGUCGGAGGCUCAUGUUGUUAAACCCAUUUCGAGUGGAGGAAGCCUUGCUGUUUAAGAGACUUCUAGAGAAUAAUAUACUUCCAGCUGAGAGUCUGCAGAACCCCAUACAGCUAACAGAUGGAAUUCUCGGAGGAGCUGAAUAUACCGACGCUCUGUGUGACAUGGAGAAACAGAAGCCGGAGCUGAACGGACAGGUGAUUCUCUCUGAUCCCAGGCUGGUGGCUAACGGGUUCAAAAUCAGACUCACACCAGGAGUCACGUCGGCUGAGAGACAUCUGGAAGUGUCGGCCAUGGCAGGUUGUGUGCCUUUCCUCGGCGUGGACGACCUCAGGGAGAUCCUGACUGCGGUCGUUCACAGGAAGGCCAGGGCCGUGCAAGAGUGCCGGCCACUUAAAGUCACAAACUACCUACAAGGUGAAGCGGUGCGACUCGUCCGGCAGCUGCCCUCAAAUCUGUCCAGAGAGGAUGUGGAGGAAACUCUUGUGCGCAUGGAACAGCAGCUCGGUGAGAACAGCAGGUCCUGCAUCCACGGACAACCGUUUCUCCAGCACCUGUCUGACGUGCCCUCCACAGAGCAGGAAGCCAGGGCUCUGCUGAAGCCUUUAGAUCUGUGAGAAGUAAACACGUCAGAGGAAUGUUUCAGGUUCAUUUGUUUAAGUCUCAGGGUCUUACAUACAGCUGGUUGAUCUGUGCGCACCAUAGGCCAAAACGUGGCUGCCAGUGGGGAAACGAGGAGAAACGGAUUUCAGCCACAGUCCUUUUCAGACUGCAGACUUCAGUUUGUAAAUUGCUCACUCUGCCACACCAAAGUCUAUAGAGAAAAUCGUUUUUAGCUUGUGGAGACUCAAGAGCUGCUGGUCGACUACUGCUGCCUCUUUUAGUAAGUUUGUCACAUCAAAGUAAAUCCAGACAAAGGACGUUAAACACUCAAGUGACACAUUUUAUUUAACUUAUGGAGGCAGCAGUGCAUCAACAAUCCAUGUGUUAUGUAAAAAGUGUAUGUAGAUUUUUGGAAGUGAGCCUUUUGUUAAGUGACAGAAAUCCAUUUCCCCUCUGUCUUUGCUGGCAGACGUGUUAUCAGUGAAAGUGAGUUGAUAAUGUGUCAACACCUCAUACAGUCGCACUUCAAAAAUCCCUGAAUUAUCCCUUUAUUGCACAAGCACAGUAGUGUAGCUUUCUCAUUUAAGCAAACCUGGUUUGUUUUCAUUUUCUUCUCUUGAUGAUGAUCGUUGCGACAACCAGAGAAUAAAAAUAAAGAGAUUUUUUUUCA